AUGCUCAAGAUCGAGCGUGUCGUGUUUCUGUCGCUAGUGCUGGAUCUAUUCGCGUUCACCAUUCCUUUGCCCUUGUUCCCGCGUAUCAUUGAGUGGUAUACCAAGCGGGAGUCGUCCGAUCCCUCAGGCUUCUUACCGCGCACACUCUACUUUGUCUCCGCCGUUCGUGGACUGCUGUACAAACCUACCUCCAAUCCUCAAAGAUGGGAUGUAGUGCUGCUCGGUGAGCCUUGCUGCUACCAGUCCUCUAGGUUCGUUUCCCCAUACAUCGGGACAUUGAGUGACAAGUACGGCCGCAAGCGAGUGCUCCUCGUAACUAUGAUCGGCAACAUUCUGUCUGCCGGAGAAUUCAGAUGGGUGAAGUCUACGACCUUCGCUUCCUAUAUGCUUUCCCGAGUUGUGGGUGGUUUGAGCGAAGGAAACGUACAACUUGCUGUUGCCAUCUUAUCCGACGUCUCCAGCCCUGCGACACGCGCCAAGGCUCUCGCACACGUUGGCUUCGCCUUUGCGAUUUGCUUCUGCAUUGGGCCGCCCAUCGGUGCCUACUUCGCCUCACGUCCACUGCCUCCUACAUUCACAGCCUCUGGCAUCGAGCUGAACGUCUACGCGACACCUGCACUGAUCACCCUUGUCCUCCUUGUCCUCGAGACGCUCUUCCUCAUCGUCGCACUGCCCGAGACACGAGGAAAGCGCGCACAUAUAUCAAGUGUCACGAAGGAAGCGAAGAAGGCCCACUCCUCCACUGAGAAAUCUGAUGUACAGUCCACAACUGCCAAUGUGACCAAGAAGCCGGCCACGGUCGAGCAGCGGCUGACCCUGCUCAAGACGCUGCGCAGGCUCCAUUUCCUAUUCUUAGGCGUCUUCUCCGGUGUCGAGUUCACGCUCACCUUCCUCACGUUCGACCUCUUUGAUUGGAACAACAAGCAGAACGGCGCGCUCAUAGGGUCCAUCGGCGUAGUCAGCGCCCUCCUCCAAGGCGGCUACGUGCGCCGCGCAAUCCCCAAGGUGGGCGAGGGCGCCAUGGCCCGCCGCGGCAUCGCGAGCUGCGCGCUCGGCCUCGUGCUCCUGUCCGCCGUUCCCAUCCUCGCCGGUACCCGCACGUCCACAUCCGUCCAGCUCCUGCGCGGCGCCGCGAUCUGCCUCGCGUUCACCUCCGCGACGGUCGUGAACUCGCUGACGUCCUACGCGUCGCUGCAGUGCGACGAGGGCGUCGACGAGGACACGGGGAAGCCGCUCGAGGAGCACCCCGAGCUGGCCAAGGGCAAGGCUCUGGGCAAGUUCCGCUCGUCCGGCCAACUUGGCCGGGCUCUCGGGCCCCUGCUAGCAUGCGCGUCUUACUGGACCUUUGGGCCAUCGGUAACAUACGCCGUCAGUGCGGUGGCCAUGUUUGCGCUGUCAAUGGGCAUGAAAUCCGUGGCUGUCAAGAAGACCGUGUCUUAACAUUGUUGUCCAUACAUUUGCAAUGCAGCUGAGACUUUCUAUCAUUCCCCAGAGUGACGGACGCCCUAUUGUACACGCGCAGCGCCAGCAAGCCUAACAGACCAAAUCCCUCGACCCCGCGAGAUAGUCAGGAGCAUCAAGAAUGGGCGGGCCAAUGCCUUUCACUGGAAUAGAUAUAGGAAUGGUGCUAUGCUAUUCGAUAAUGUACCUGCUACGGAAUG